ACGCAAUCCAGUGAAAAGAAAGGAACACACACAAAUAGCGCAGUAGUAAAGUGGUUGUUGCAAUUUCUAUUAUAGUUUAAAUGGCCAAUGGUAACAACAGCAAUGCAGAUGAUGCUGGCGCGGCAGAGCAACAACAACAACAGAGCGAAUGCCUCCCAAACAUUAGCGGAGGUGACGGCGGCGUCUGUGACGAUGGGAAGCGAAAUGAGACGGCAACAUUGGCCCGCGGCAAUAUAAAUGACUUGGUGGCCGAUCUAUUGUUUAAUGGCAGUCGUGAAGGUGGCUAUGGCGACUACAACAGCACACGCGCCACAACAGCAACGGGGUCGGUGGCGACAGCGGCGGCACAGGCUUUGCCGGCUCCAACAUCAACAGCAGCAAGUGGUGGUGGCGGUGGCUCAUCGUCGUUUUCAUUUAAACACUUUCUCAACAGCAGCGGCACAGUCACAGCUCCCUCGACGACUGUCACCUCACUGGACGCUGUGGCAGCUACGACAACAGCGAGCAGCAGCAGCACAAAUCCCAUGCAGACAUCAACGGGCGCCCGACCCAAAGUCCCGCAAUCGGCUUCGGCCUCCCUGAUGCAGCCUGAUAUAAAUGGCAGCAGUGCGUCAUCCAAAAUGAAACGUUCGCCACGCUUCAGCUCGUUUGACUCGCAGGCGAGUCUGGCUGAGUAUGCAGCCUGUGGUGGCAGCAACAGUAGCAGCAGUUGUAACCGCUUGCGUGCUGAUUUUCGGCUGGAGCAUAACCAUGUAGAUGAUGUGGUGCUGGAUGAUGACGAUGAUGAUCGGGUAGGCUUGGCACAGGUCCGAAGUAAUCGACUGUAUGACGAUCGCGGACACGAUGACAUAUUUCCCACGGCUGAACCGAAUUUGCACGAGCGAAGGCAUGAUGACAUAUUCCCGUCUGCCGAUUCAAAUUUGCACGCGUCCACAUCUGCAUCACGCUAUGUACCGCGCUCAUAUUCCAGUUACGAUAUGCCGCCACAAGCGACGGUCGCUGCCUCGCCUCGUCGUGGAAAUCGCGGUAUGCGUCCCAAUCGAUUGGUUCUUAAUGCUCCCGAUAAAAUGAAGCUUGAUUUGCCGCUGGAUUCAGCGGCAAAUCGGGCACUACCCAGCGGCGGGGCUGGCUUGUCUACAGACUAUCCGCUGCCUACGGCCUCAUCAGCUGCCCUGCCCGACUUUGUGCAGGAUCAUUUACCAGAUUCUUGGUGUGGUGGUGGCGGUCAUGAUGCACAUCUUAGCUCGCCCCCCAAUUCACCGCUCGGAGGUAACGAUGAGGCAGCAGCCGGCGCAAUUGGUGGCUGUGGUGGUCUACUACCCAAUGCAGCCGCCGCUGCUGCCGCUGCGGCUGGCUUGCCAUGUGCACCCUCGCUGUCGACUGUAGAAUGCGCUGCCGGCGGUGUCAAAAUGCUGCCCGAUUUUCUCUCAGACGGGCCCAUAAUACACUCCUCCCAGCGGCUGGCCGAUGUGGCCAUUGGACUGCCCUCGAAUUCAAUAGAUUCGCCACCACAGGAUGCGGCAGGUACACUGCAGCUGUCGACAAUGCGUCAGGAGAAUGAGCGACUGCAACGGGAGCUGCAAGAAACCCGAGUGGAAUUGAGCGCGCAGACGCGGCGUGCCCUCGACUUGGAGCAGCAACUGCUGCUACUGACGGAGGAGUCGCGAAGGCGUGAAUCGCUGGCGGCGACAUCCAAUGCACUUACGACGCAACGACUUCAGCGCCAGGUGGCACAGUUGAUGGUGGAAUUGGGGGAUCUGCGUCGCUCUCGCGAUGGUAGCUCCGAUGGGGCCGUGGGUGGCAAUUGUGAACGUGUAGCCGCCUCGGUUCUAACGCCCGGUAGCAGUGGCAAUGUUAAUAGUUGUCCAACGCGUCCGUCCAGACCUCAGCAACUAUCACGAGAUUUGUUACGCGCCGCAGACAAUGCAGAACAGAAUUUGAGGCAACUGCUAGUCGGUGUCGAAAACCUGCGACAAAUGGCAGCCAAUCUCGAUCCACAGCAAUCGCAGGCAACGGGAACGCCCAGAAGUCCAGACCUAUACCCCGAUUUUAAUUGAAUAUCCAAAAAUAAGACGAAUCACAACUAAAGUAACAUGCUAAAUGCAAUGGAGGGAGGGGGGUAGUGUAUUAUAAUUGAUAUGUCCAAUAAUUUGUUGUAUCGUAACAUGAUUUUUGUCUAAUGCCACAUAGCGAUUAUUUAUUAUUUUGCAAACUUUUUGUACUUCUGUCUACUGGCUCCAAAUUCUUAAAUUCUGCCAAAAUUUCUGUGUAAUUUCUUGCAAAAAAAGCGAAAAAAGUUGAUGAAUCAAAGCGCAAAAACGUGAUGUUGAUUGAAUUAUAAAUAAUACCUACUAUAAUAAAUUGUAGCAUAUUUAUAUUAUGUAUAAAAACAACAGAAACAAACAAGUUGAUAAAACUAAAUUUAGUUGUAAAUUAAUGCAAAGCAAAUUAUGUAACAAGGAGCACAGAGUUGCAUUUAAAUAUGCAAUAAACUUUCAACUUUAGUUUGCAAUGCAAAACUCACAAAUAAAGAAUAAAACGAACUCAUUAUGCAAAGGCCUACCCAAAAAAAUACAGAAAACCCAACUACGAUAUGUAUGUACUCGUAUGUAUAUUUUUUGUUAACAACAAAGCCUGCGCACGUGCUUAAGUAAAUAAAUAAACUAUUAUUGAGAACUCAAAA